AUGGCAACUGCAACAGCAUAUGCAGUCGCUCCUAUACCUGCAAAUGCAACAGUUACGGCAACUGCAACAGAAAAUGUAUCUGCAGUUACUACUGUACUGAAAGCCGCACAGUUAACAACAGCAGAACUGCACAAUUACCUGCUAAUUCCACUGCAACUGAAACUUUACGUGCAUCAGCAACCAACUAUAAACGGGAAACUGCAGCUUACCCACACAUGCUACUGCACCUGCACCUGCCCGGGCAAUAACCCCGGCAACUCAACUACAACUGCCUCUAAAACUAACACUUCUACUGCUAAAGUAAAUACACAUGCAACGGUACUUACAAUUUUAUCAGCUGGUGCAACUGCACCUGCAGUUUUCACUGCACUUGCUACUUCAACUACAACUGAAACAAGAAAUUCUUAUACACCAGCAAAAGCAACUGCCACUGCAAAUGGAAUAGCAACUGCUUCUGCAACUUUACAUGCACUUGCAACACACUAUUCAAAAGCAACUGCACAUAGAACUGCUACUGCAACUGCUACUCACCAAGCAGACGCAACUAAAAGUACACAUGCUAAGGCUACUGUAACUGUAACACUACAUGCAGCUGCUACUGCUACUGCAACUGCACAUGCUAACGCAACAGCUACUGCUACACCACAUGAAAAUGCAACAGCAAAUUUACCUGCAACUGCAAUUGCAAUUUUAUCUGCAACUGUACAUGCAACUGCAUCUGCACAUUUUACUGCAACUGCAACUGCUAUAGCACAUGAUAAUAAAACUACAACAGCAAAUACAUAUGGCGACUGUAACUGCAUAUGUAACUGCUCUGCACAUGCAAAUUUAACUGCUACUCUAACUAAAAAAGCACCUACAACUCUAUCUGCAAAAGCAAAUACUACUGCAACAGAAAAAGCAACUGCAACUGAAAAUGUAAUAGCUACUACAAAUGCAGCUGCGUCUGCAUCUUUACCUGCAAAUGCAACUGCAAAUGCCACUGCUAAUUCAACUGCAAAUAAAACUAAACAUGCAACUGUACAUGCAAUUGCAAUUACAAUUGCAUAUGUAACAACUAUAGACAUCUAUACUGCACAUGCUACUGCUACUACAACUGCUCAUGCAUAUUCAACUUUAACUGCACUACGAACUGCAAUUGCAGCGGGAGCUGCUGUUGCAUAUAGCACUGAAACUACAACAGCACAUGCAUAUGCUAUUUUAAAUGCACGACCGACUGCAAUCACAAAUGUACCUGCAACUGCAGACGCAACUGCAGCUGCACAUGCAAUUGGCACUGCAAAUGUAGCUGCUACUGCAACUAAAACUGCACUAGUAACUAGACACACAACAGCGUCUGCAAAUGCAAAUGUACAGGCAAUUGCAUAUAAGACUCUAUAUGCAGCUUCUAUAACAUACAGCAGCUUUAAUGCACAUACAACUGCAAAUGCUACUGCUACAUCCCAUGCAACCGCACGUGCUACUGAAUCUGAAGAUGCAUAUGCAUCUAGACUUAUAUCUGCAAAUAAAAAUGCAUGUUUAAAUGCAGAUGUAGAGGACUUUUUAACUGACUUAAAUACAAAUGGUGCUCCACAUGCAGCUGCAACUGCAACUUUAAAAGAACAUGCAUCUGCAACAGCAACUGCCCAUGUAACAUGUUUUUUAUCAGCAACUUAUAUGCAAAUUUUACUUAGCAUGCAGCUGCAACAAACUGCACAUGCUCUUGUACCCAUAUCUGCAACAGCAAUUGAAAAUUUAAAUGCUAUUUUCAAGCUGUUGCAACGAAAAAUGAAACUGAACAUGCAAUUGCCACUGCACUGCACCAGCUACACUUUGCGUGCUACAGCAACUCCAAAUGCACAUGCAACUGCUACUCAAACUUCACAUGCUAAUGCAGAUAUAUCAACAUAUUUUUUUGCUACUGCAAAUCUACAUGCAACUGCAACAUUUCCAAGAAAUUUUAUUGCAACUUCAAAAACUUAUGCAAAUGUAACUUUGCAUGACGCUGCAACAAACACUGCAACUGCAAUUGCAAAUAAAACUGCUAAUGCUACUUUCGCUGCAACUAAUCAUGCUAAUGCUACUUCUACUAACAUUGCCCAUUCAGUUGCUGCUGCAUCUGAACAUGCUUUUGUACCUAUAUCUGAAACCGCAACUGCCAAUAAAAACAAAAUUUCACAUAAAGCUGUAACAGAAACUGCAACUGGAAAUGCAACCGCAACUGCACUGCACAUGCUACGGCAACUACCACUGCAUCUAAAAAUGCUACUGCAGCUGCAUAAUAAACUGCAACUGCACAUGCUAUUGCACUUACAAAUGCAUAGGUAA